AUGACGGGCGACAUUCGCGCGCGAGCGCUGGACAAGAUUGCCUCCCUGGCAGCGUCGUCGACCAACACCUCCUUUGACAAGUCCGACCUUGACAGGCUGUGCCGAGCUUGCAAUGUCAGUGGCCGUAACCGCGAAUACAACCAUGGCGCCUACAAUUCGAAGCAGUCCAGCUCACUGGGCCGCAUUCCCAUGUCGAUCCGCGAAUUCGAGGUCCUCCUAGCCCUUUGCAAAAAUGCGCCCAAUAUUCUGUCCGCUCAGAGCGCCCAGAAGCUCUCCUACCAGCUCAUCCCGUACAUCCUCGAGGCGCACUCACAGACCUUUGUCCCCUCCCCGUUCUUUCGCCGAAUCAACCCCUGUCCGACCGAGUCACUGUCUUUCCACGUCACUGCUGCGCUGCUCUCUCUCGGAAUCAACUACACCGAAUUGAAGGAGACCGUCACCGACGGCAUCUGGGCGUUCACUAAUGCCUGCAGUCGCACCACCGAAAGCGUCCUCUCUCCUCGUACCGGCGACCCAGGGAACCUCAACAUUGACGAGGCCGUUCGCACACUCAACAUCGCCGUCGCCAUCCUCGGUUUCCUCGACGCCGCAGCCGCGCAGGCCGAUUUUUGGAAGGCUGGCGGCCGCCUGGGCUUGAUCCAAAAGGCCAAGCAGUUGCUGUCUGAGCCCUUCCUGGUCGCUGUCGAGACAGCCUUGUCGACAAUCCGCAACGCCCAUACCGACGACCGCGACGUGCGGGAAUGGAAGCGUCAUUUGCGCCACUAUUCCGCCGCUGGUCGUCCGCUUGGCGCCAUGCUCCUGCAGCGAAGCUUCAUGUGGCUUGUCCUUUCCAGCACAUCCCUGAUGAUCACUGAUGGAUCUGAGCUGCGUAAGAAGCACGUCCUCGAUGUGCUCAUGGACAAUGGCGGUGUUCUGUUCCGAGCCGAUGUCUUUGCUGGUGAUGUUGACCUGCGAUCGAUUGACCUCCACGCCAACUUUGCCAUCGACCAAAUGAACUACAUUGAAGCCGGCGCUGACUUUGCUCGUCUUGGCUCUCCUUCGCAGCAAAAGCUUGCUAACGCUGUCAAGUCCGCUGCUAUGAUUUCCUUCCUAAACUGCACCUUGCUGAAUGAAGAUGCCGCCGAGCCUGAGCUCCUGAUGAACUGGCUGCAGCAGACCUUGGAUGAUCCUCAACAGAUGAGUGACGAAACUCUUGCUUCCACGACCCUUCGCUGCAUGGCUCUUCUUAGCCGCAUGGCUCCCUCGUUCUCGCAGACUUUGAUUAGAUCCCUACCUAGAUUUAUUGUCCAGGAUGUUCAGGAUGCAAACAUCGGUGCCGUCGCUUCCAGAAGCCUUGCUUUUGUGCUCAAGAAACUUUCCAAGGAUGCUGUUAUCAGCACCCUUUACUCGCUUGGCAACGUUCUCAGCCCCGAUACCGAAGAGAGACUUGCUAAUGGCCAUGUGAAUGGCUCUGUUGACGGAGAGACCGCAUUGAAUCCUGUUUAUCAGCGUCGUCACUCAAACGCUAGCUCCAUUUCCGUUGCUGUGAACGGGGAGGAGGAGGCGGCUAUUGUGUAUCGCAAUGUCGUGCAAGCGAUCUCCAGCAUUGCCAAACACUGUGAGGAUGAACAAAUUACGACUCUCGCACAGACAAUCCUUCUCCAAAAGUUGGAAAAGGUGAACGCUACUGUUGAUGUGCAAGUCCUUACCGGUGCCGCUGAAUUGGCUCUCAGCGGCGGCCACCAGGCGUUCCGAUCCCUCCUCAAGGUGUACAACCGACAAGGCCAUUUUGGUGUGGUUAAGCGGAAAGACUUCCUUUGCCAAGCUGUUUCUCAAUGCCGAACUCACAUUUCUGCAAACCUUCGCCGCGAUUCGCCGCUUUUUGAUAUUUACUGGGAGCAUCUACUCGACAGUAUCAUUGCUCUUGGGGACGCAUACUCGCAGGGUCAGACAAGACAGGUCGACGUUGACCUGGCUGCGCAGGAGAUUGGAGAGCUACUCCACCCUCUAGCUGUACUCAUGUCGACUAAUGACCUCGCCUCCCAGCCCCUGGCGAAUGACGAAUCCUACGCCUUGCUUAGAGAUGCGUGGUUCAACAUUGUUGUUCAUGGCUUCUCCACCUCGACAGAAAGAGGCAAGAGAUAUUUGAACGAGUUGCGAAUGAUUGCCAUCCAUUCACCUCCGCUAGCUGCCGAACAGCGCGGUGAACAAGUCGAGAGCGACAUCGAGCUCAACACAGUCCUGCGCCGCGGCAACAGCAGCGAUAGGGAGUCUUUGCAGAAGAAGCUUCUGAGUGAUCUUAUCCCCAGCAAGGCCUCGGAGAUUAAGAGCCUCAGCUACCGUAAAGUCAUCUUCUUGCACUCCGCUUAUCUCGUUGAGAUCCUGCGCGCAGAUGCUGGAGACUGUACCAAGGUCGUAUCUUACUUUGCUGAACGCAGCAUGCUGCAGAGGGAGGUGUGUAGUGUUAUGGACGGAAUUGCCAACGCGGUAGUCGACAAAUAUAUCAAGAAGACUAUCAGCGGGACCGACUCUGCGUUCUCGGCGCAGUACGCUGCUGAACAGCUUGUCACGAUCUUCUCGUUAUGCUGCCAUCGCAUCGAGCGUGUUCAGAAGGCUGCAUUCCUGUCGGCUGACAAGGUCGUCCGGGAGAUUCCUUCUUCACUCUGCUACCGCACCUCGCUCUUUGCCCUGCUCGAACUGCUUUCUCUGAUGUGGUCUAGCUGCCUGGAAGCCGAGACGGACAUGUACGGCCUCAGAUCUACAUUUACAUCUGAACGUGGCAACGUGACAGUGAGGCUUUCGGAUGACUACAAGUUCCGCAGCUCAACCUUGAGGAACCUCCAUCAAAAGGCUGGGACCUGGGUUAAAGAAGCCAUCAAUCUCGCGCCACUCGACGUCAAGGGCUUACUGCAGACGUAUUUGUCCGAGUUUGACGACGAAGGUGCUUACGGUCACAUUUCUCUGGGCCGUUCCUUUGCCCUGGAACUUGGAUCAACCAUCCCCAGUACCGACAACCGCCUCCAAUCUCUCGACCAAGUCAGCGAGUACAAGAUCAACUCGGCCUCAGAUCUUAUUGCCCAGUAUACCACUCGCCAGGAGUAUCGCUACGGCGAGACGCUUCCCGAUCGCGGCACUGAGCUGAUGAGCUUCAUGCAGCACAACCGCAGACCCUCGUUCUCCCAGUCCUCUGUGGUGGAGAGCGCCAAUGCCGCAACUGCUCUCGCCCAUGUUGAGGCUCGCAUUCUCAGCAGGAAGGCGACCUCCAUCGACGAAGUCCGCGACAUUCUGCGCAGGGCUGCAGCACUCCUGUGCCGUAGCAAGCAUGACGAGUCUGCAGUUGCCCGUCACCUUGUGAGCAUUCCCUUUGCUCUCUUCACUAAGCAGUCGAUCAAGCUAGGAGCUUCUCUCUGGCUCGGCGUCAUGAAUGAGAACCCUCGCCUUGAGUCGAAGCUGCUCAACGCUAUUGCUCAGCAGUGGGAGUUUACCAUCUCUCGCCGCGUUGGCCUCUUCGACCCCUCAUUGGAACAUCCCGAUCCAUUCUUCGUGAAGCAAGAAUUUUCCCCGAGCGAUUGGGACAUGAUCAGCCAGCAAAAGCAGAAAGUUCAUGAUACCCUUUCUCCUCAUACCCGAUUGAUCAAGUUCUUUGCUAGCCACUUCAACGCCACUCGCCUGGGCAGUCCCGAUAUCCAGAGAGUCUUCUUGCGCCUCUUGGAUCUCACGCUUGACGCACUCAAGGACUGUAGCCCACACCCAAUGGCCCGCGAGAUUCGGUUCCAGAUCAUCCUGUUUAGUAUCAAGGUACUGCGAAACAGCACAACCAUCGGUACUGCUGCUCAAUACAGACUCAAGGACCGAAUCUUAUCUGCUGGCCUCAGCUGGUUCCGCCACUCGCCGCGCUGGUCUUUUGGCAGCAACAUGCUGUCUCUCAAGACGGAGAUCAGCCUCCUCGCUGAUGUCAUUACCUCAUUGAGCCUGAUGUCGCAUAUCGGCACACAGACAGUCGGCAAAACCACUUCUCUGCAAGCCAAGGAAGCCUUGCUGAGACUGCUCCUUGAGAACGAGCAAUCUCGCCUUAUUGUUUGGGCAAAUCCCCGGAACUCGCAAGGAAGUCACUUCCUAAGUCACCAUCAUUCUAAGCAUGCAGCUGAGAGUGCUCUCCUCCCACUGGUGCGAACAGCUUGGUACCAGGACCCUGCCAUUGCCGUUGAGUUGGCUACUCGAUUUCACUAUCAUCGGCUUCGCAGCGAUAUUCGUCGCCUGAUUCUCGCUUCGCCGGAAAAGGUCAUUAAUGAGCCAGAGGCGAUCCCGCUCAUGAUUGGCAGCCAGCUUCCUGACGAUGUCAACUCGCAGCUCAGAUAUCUCUUGUUCUGGGAGCCGGUCAACCCCAUCACUUCAGUGACUCUUCUCUCGCCUGCUUUUAGAGACCACCCCUUCAUCAUCCAGUACGCCAUGCGCUCGCUAGAAAGCCAUUCUGUGGACGUCACAUUCUUCUACGUGCCUCAGAUUGUGCAGUCGCUUCGUCACGAUAAUCUUGGCUAUGCUGAGCGCUACAUCCUCGAGACGGCGCAGUUCUCACAGCUCUUUGCCCACCAAAUUAUCUGGAACAUGAAGGCCAACUCGUACAAGGGUGAUGAUGCCGAGGUUCCGGACGAGAUCAAGCCCACGCUUGACACUGUCAUGACCAAGAUGGUGGACAGCUUCAUGCCCGAGGACCGCGAAUUUUACGAGCGUGAAUUUUCCUUCUUUGAUGAGGUCACUGGCAUCUCUGGCAAGCUCAAGCCAUACAUUAAGAAAACCAAGCCCGAAAAGAAGCAAAAAAUUGAGGAGGAGCUGAUGAAGAUCAAGGUGGAAGUCGGCGUAUACCUGCCGAGUAACCCCGAGGGUGUUGUUAUUGGCAUUGAUCGCAAGUCGGGUAAGCCUCUGCAGAGUCACGCCAAAGCGCCCUACAUGGCAACGUUCCGCGUCCGCAAGACCAAGCACGCGGGCGACACGGCGGCGGACGAGGAGGAGGAAAUGCAAGUGGUCAAGAAACAUGCGCCGACGCUUCAGCAGGCUGCCGAUGCGCAGGACAACUACAUUGAAGUCUGGCAGUCGGCCAUCUUCAAGGUCGGCGACGACGUGCGCCAGGACGUGCUCGCGCUGCAGAUGAUUUCCGUGUUUCGCAGCAUCUUCCACAACGUCGGCCUGGACGUGUACGUCUUCCCGAACCGGGUGACGGCCACGGGUCCCGGGUGCGGUGUCAUCGAUGUGCUUCCCAACUCCAUCUCGCGCGACAUGGUCGGCCGCGAGGCGGUCAACGGCCUGUACGAGUACUUCCGCGCCAAGUACGGCAACGAGGACUCGCUGCGGUUCCAGGCGGCGCGCAGCAACUUUGUCAAGUCCAUGGCCGCCUACUCGGUCAUCUCCUUCCUGCUGCAGUUCAAGGACCGGCACAACGGCAACAUCAUGAUCGACGACGCGGGCCACAUCCUGCACAUCGAUUUCGGCUUCUGCUUCGACAUCGCGCCCGGCGGCAUCAAGUUUGAGCGCGCGCCCUUUAAGCUGACGGCCGAGAUGGUGGCCGUCAUGGGCGGCACCACCGACCACCAGAGCUUCCACGCCUUCGAGGCCCUGUGCGUCCGCGCCUUCCUCGCCGCGCGGCAGUACCGAGAUCGUCUCGCGCAUGUGGUCCAGCUCAUGAUGGGCAGCGGCCUGCCCUGCUUCAAGCCCGAGUCGGUGCGCCACUUCAAGGACCGCUUCGUCCUCGACAAGACGGAGCGCGAGGCCGCCGACUUCAUGCGCGACCUGGUCAAGAAGUCGUACGCGAGCUACAGCACGGGCAUCUAUGACCAGUUCCAGCUCAUGACGAACGGCAUUCCUUUCUAG